GAUGUGUGUCAUUGCUUGAUCGAGCAAGUUCCUGAAGUGAGAGCUCUGACCUAAACAAAAACACCUUGCUCAGUGGCUCUUGUUCGAGCCAGCUUCCUGAAAUCUGUUCUGUUGUCUCACCAUGGUACUGAAAUCAUGCUGUAUUUACGCCAUCGGAGUCUUUUCUAUCCUGCUGCUUCUUUUGGGCAUUUCUUUAGUUUUGUCUGACGUGUUUCCAAAUGUUUUGAAGAAGACGGUUAAAAAGGAAGUAGUUUUGAGAAAUGGGACGGAGGCUUUUGAAGCUUGGGAGGAUCCUCCUGCACCCAUCUACAUGCAGUUUUACUUCUUUAAUGUGACAAACCCAGAAGAGGUGCUGGAUGGGGAAAGGCCAGCUGUGGUGGAAAUUGGACCGUACACAUAUCGAGAGUACCGGCCCAUGGAGAAUGUGGUCUUCAAGGAAAAUGGAACCAGAGUGUCAGCAGUCAAUCCUAAAACCUACAUCUUUCAGCUCAACAUGUCCCGAGGUCCAGAAAGUGACCUCAUACGGACGAUUAACAUCCCCGCUGUAACGGUGAUGGAGAAAGUCAAGAACAUACCUGUAGUUCCCCGUCUGAUUUAUGACUACAUGAGGUCCCGAGGUAUCGGCCUGUUCACCACCCGCUCUGUGGGAGAGCUGCUAUGGGGAUACGAGGAUCCUUUGCUCAAAAUGGCCAAAGUAUUUGUCCCUUCCCUGGAUGAUGUUUUUGGACUUUUCUAUAAGACCAACGGCUCAAGUGAUGGAGAAUACGUCUUGUUCACUGGCCAGCAGAACUACAAGGACUUUGGUAGAGUAGACACAUGGAACAGUCAAAGGUCUUUGGACUGGUGGACAACUGAUGAGUGUAACAUGAUUAAUGGAACCAAUGGAGCUUUUUUCCAUCCUAUCAUCAGCAAGGAGGAGAUCCUCUACAUGUUCUCCUCUGACAUUUGCAGGUCUGUGUAUGCUCUGUAUACAAAGGACGUGAAAGUAAAAGGGAUCCCUGGGUAUCGCUUCGUCCCCCCCGAUGAGGUGUUUGCCAAUCUGACCGUGAACCCAGCCAACACGGGCUUCUGCGUUCCCGCUGGCAACUGCCUUGGCUCUGGCCUGCUCAACGUCAGUGUGUGUAAACAAGGUGCCCCCAUCAUUAUGUCCUCGCCCCACUUUUACCAGGCAGAUGAAAAAUGUAUACGAGAUGUUUUUGGGAUGAGGCCCAAUAAGGAGCAACACCAGACUACCAUCGAUAUCCAUCCGCUCACAGGAAUUGUCCUGCAAGCAGCCAAACGUCUCCAGAUUAACGUCUAUAUAGAGAAAAUGUCCUCCUUCAGUCAAACGAGAAACGUGAGGACCGUGAUCUUCCCUGUGGUUUAUCUCAAUGAGAGUGUUGUUAUUGAUGACACGUCAGCCCAGAAGCUGCAGAUGGUUGUUGUGAAGAAGAACGUUGUGGAGAACAUCCCGUUCAUGCUGAUCGGUCUCGGCAUCAUCCUGGGAGGAAUGUUCGUGAUCCUGAUGUGUAGAAAGAAAGCCCCAGAGAGCUCUGCUGCAGAACGUCAACCUCUGCUCUCAUCAUAGCACUAAGCACCCUGACAUAGUCGCGUUUGUACCACAAAUCCAACAUUUCUGCCAUCGGUCUCUAAGCAACAACUAAUACUUAGAAUAUGUUCUAAACCUGUUUUUAACCUCGCGGGUUCAGGCAAAUAUAUGUUCCUGAAUUUACUGUUUUUAAUGCAAACUGUACUGUUACUGAAAUUCAUCAUUUUAACUAAACACACUAUUAUAAUCAUUUCAUUUUUACCAUAAUAAGCAGAACAGAAUUAUCUACAUUUUUUAGGUUCGAUAAAGAGAUGUUACUGUUGCCAUACGUGUGUGUGUGUGUGUGUGUGUGUGUGUGUGUGUGUGUGUGUGUGUGUGUGUGUGUGUGUGUGUGUGUGUGUGUGUGUGUGUGUGUGUGUGUGUGUGUGUGUGUGUGUGUGUGUGUGUGUGUUAGCUGAAGAAUUUUUGAGUUUGCCUACGUUUUGUUUCUGAAGUCAACCGUUAUUUGAUACUGUUAGUUUGAAUCUGUACAACUGUUGCACGCAAAGUUAAGAAGAUGUUCUUAUAGUCUAGUAAAAGUUUUGUUCUGCUUUAGCAAACCCUGUUCUAAUAGGACGAGAACAAGAUGAGCAGAAUUGAUUUAGGAGGAUAAAGGGAGUUUUUUUACGUGUCUUGGGGGUGGGAAGGGCACGGACACAUUUUCUUGCACUUGAGUUUAAAUAUCUAGGGACCACCUUUGAGCUCCCCCUUGAAAUUCGCUUCCCACACUGAGGACAUCCUCAGAAAGUGCCAGCAACGACUACCUCCUGAGGAAGUUGAAUUCAUUUGGAGUCAGGAAGGACAUUUUACUGACUUUCGAUUAUUCUUUUAUAGAGAGUAUUAUCACAUUUUCCAUCCCCUGUUGGUUUUAUUCUGUCAGCCUCCAGUAUAGAAACCGUCUACAAAGCACCGUCAAGGUGUGCUCUCGGAUCAUUGGACUACCACUGCGAAACUUUACUUCUCAGUGACCAGCAUACAGGAAGUUUAGCACAGAAAAUCAUUAAAGACCCAUCACACCCUCUUCAUACUGUUUUCGAGUGGCUGCCCUCCAAACGCCGACUUCGAUGCCCAUGCUGUAAAACACAGAGGAGGAGAAGUUCCUUUGUUCCCAGAGCUGUGCUUCUUCUUAAUUCUCAGUGCAGAUAGGGGGAGUGUGCAUUACUUGUAUGUGUGUGUAUGUGUGUGUGAGCCAAAGGUUUAUUCAUUGUUGGUCAUUCACAUGUGAGGUUAUGACAUGAAUGCACACAUAGGUUUUAUGGGUUUUACAAAUGUGUAAAUUGGUUGUGUUUUUAGAAUUUAGAGAUUUUUGUGCCGGCUGCUUCACAAUGCUGUCUCGAAUUGCCCCUCGGGGACUAAUAAAGUUGUCUUGAGUCUUGAGAUGAAAAACUCCAUCUUGAAUUUGGAACUUUGAUUUUCAAAAGCUGUUCUAAAACCAGUCUCAUAAGUAAUGUUUUAUUUUGCUCCUCUAAUUAAUUGUUUCAGCGUUAAGCUUUUCCUCCUAUUUGAAGGAAAGGUUUUUAUCUUUUGCUGCUCUGUGAUUGUUUAAAAAAUACAAAGUCUAACUGUUCUAAAGGAUUUUGUAUUUUUGUUUAAAGAUAUGUAUUACAGGUAUCUGCGGGUCCUUAAAACGUCUUAAAUUAGCUUUUCCAAAUUUAAGGCCUUCAAAAUCCUUAAAAAUGACAAAUAAUCCUUAAAUACAGUUUCUAAAGGUCUUAAAUGUCCAAAGACCCAAAGAACAAGAUUCUUUUAUUUCUAUAAAACUUUCAUAAAUUUCUAAUUGGUGUUCAGCAUUUUUUGUGUAUGAUAUUGGCAUAAGCGGAACCGUACACAUUCAGCUGGUUGUUAAAGGGGGAUAUUUUCAGAUGAGCACAUUAGCUGGUUAAGCUAGUGGGAGCUUGCGCCAUGGGGAAGUGCAAGUUUAAUGGUAACUGGAUGGCUAAUGCCAUGUUCGCGACGUGGUUGGCACCGGUUCCAGGCAAUAGCUGGAAAUCAUAGCUUAAAUUUAAUUUUAAAAAAUUGCUUAAAUUUGGUCAAAGUGGCCUUAAAAAGGGUCUUAAAAAGUCAUAAAUUUGGCUCCCUUAAACCUGCAGAUACCCUGGUUUUAGGAUCUAUUAACUGACAAAUAUCUUGUUUUUUUUUCUUGUGCACUUCAACACCAAUGCUUCAUGUAAAAAUCUGUAUUUACAUGAUAUAAAAUCACUGUUCAUAUACUAAAAACACCAUCAAAUAAACAGGUGACCACUUA